AUGCCGCCGGACUCGCCCUCUGCUGGCCGGAGAGGCUACGCCGUCCUUGCUUUCACGAUCUGUUUUGUCCUUCUCUUUAGCGGAUCACUGUUGCGCGACUACGAUGACCCGCUAGCUCAGCUUCGACGGACUGCGGGAGAGGGACGCUGGAAGCAGUUCUUCGGCUCUUCACGCGCGACGUGCGGCAUCUCGCCCUCGAUGCUCGACGAGUUUGGCCUUCACAACUUCCGCCUCUCGCAAGUCCACGUUGGCUCGGGUUAUCGAACGCAGCGGUUCCUCGAGAAAGCGCAGAAGGGAAAGACGCUGCGAGUGGGGCUCAUCGGCGGGAGCGUGUCGCUUGGGCAUGGCACAGACCCCGUCACCGGUCAGCGAAACAAAUACGGCGCCGUGCCCGUGCAGGAGCAGUGGCACCAAAUCGUGAUGCGGUACCUCGAGGAGGCGUUCCCGACGGCCGAGUUUCACUUCCGGAAUGGCGCAAAGGCUGCGACCGACUCAAGCUUCUUUGAAUGGUGUUGGACGAGCUUGAUCGGCACCGACGUCGACCUCGUCUUCAUCGAGCUCGCCGUCAACGACGACCCGAACACGAGCUUCAGCAGCUCUGAAAACCUCCUUCGAUCCCUCUUGCAGCUCGACUCGCAGCCGGCCGCCGUCUACGUCGACACCUUCUCGCUGUACAACACCUUCGCCGGCAAGCAGCAGACCCUUCUUUCCGCCCAGGACAUCCAGUCGACCCUCUCGCCCUUCUACGAUGUCCCUCAAAUUUCUGCACGUCCCGCACUUCUACCCGCCCUGAUUCGCGACCAUAGCCUGAAGGAGCCCUGGUUCUUGGGCGACGAGCGACACGGGUCGACUAGCCUACAUCGCUUCUUGGGCAGUAUGGUCAUCGGCUACUUGAUGGAGGAGCGGUGUCGCGUUGAGGAGCUCGCACUCGCAGCAGGCGAGGGAGGAGAUUGGCCUAGUCGAGCAGCUCUCGGGACAGUUCCGCAGGUUACGAUGCGAGAACGCUGGAACUCGACGGAGACGCACGCGACGAAGCCGCCGACUUGCGUGACGGCCGGCGCAGGUCUCGUUCCCGCCAACGAGCCGCAGGACUGGAAACUCGUCGACUGGAAGUACAGCAAGUUCUACUACGAGGCAGCCGUACCCAACUCGGAUGAGAUCGUCUUCGACGUCGACGUUCGCGAAGGAGCGCAAGGACUCGUCGCCAUCUCGUACCUGCGCUCUCGGCAGUACAACCUCGGUCGAGCGCGCUGCAUGGUCGGCGAACGAGGUGCCGACAUCGACGGGCACUGGGAAAACUCGGCGUCUCUCGCUCAAACGACCAUUGUUGCGGACAAGGUCCCGCCAGGACGGCACCAAGUGCGUUGUCGGACACUCGCGGCGGACGGCAGCUCGGGACGGUCGGCGUUCAGGGUGAUGGGAGUUAUGUCGGUUUGA